UGUGAUUCAGUCGAGCCAGUCGCGACUUUGAUAUCGAUCCGCAAGGGUCUCUUGAUGUGUACGCGCAUACAUUUUACCAUUACCUGCAUGUUUCAUUGACAUAAAAAAGUGAUUUUUUAAAUCAAAUUUGUGAUUUUUAAUUCUAGUGUUGACUCCUGUGAUAUUAAAAAGCUUUUCAAGACUUCAAGAUGCCACAAGACAUGUCUCAAGAUAUCGCUUCCAUCAGGGAAUGGCUUGAUAAGGAAAGCUACCUCCCACAGGACUUUGAGGACAUGAUGAUCCGCAAGUUCUUGCACAGCUGCUAUGGAAGCCUGGAGCGCACCAAGAAGUGUAUAGAGAGGUUCACCACCACUCGCGCUACCAUGCCUGAACUCUACACUUCGAGGGACCCCACCAGUUCUAAAUUACAGACUGCUUUCUCCAUCACGUCAGUAACGACCUACGAGGCCGGUGAAAACGAGCUGCUAUGCCACCAGCUGGACGACCCCAAUCUGGAGAAUUUCAACUUCUACGACCUCCUCAAGACCUUCGCGAUCCAGGCUGACUACUGGCUGAAGACUCACGAUUUCUACCCAGAAGGACACAUCAUAGUAUUGGAUAUUAAGGACUACAUUCUCAAGAUCAUAACAAAAGUCAACAUCAUGUACUUUAGGGAUUUCCUGCUUUAUUUGUUAGAAGGUAUGCCGGUGCGGGUGAAGGAAGUGCACGUGGUCAACUGUGCGUCCUACUAUGAGAAGCUGUACGCACUUGUCAGACCUGUGCUGCCUCAGGAGAUAAGGAGUAUUAUCAAAUUCCAUUCAACCGGAGAGGGAUUGCAUGAGUAUCUAGACAGGAAAUACAUUCCUAAAGAAUACGGAGGUGAUGCACAGAGUAUGAAGGAACAACAGAAAGAAUGGGUUAAACUUAUUGUCGAAAAGAGACAAUGGUGGCUGAACGACAACAUGUGGAAGGCCGACCUGAAGAAGAAGCCCAAGUCCAACGCAGUGGAGAACACCAUGAGUGGCUCGUUUAGAACACUCUCCAUAGAUUAGGAAAUAAGACUUAAUUCAGUAACACGGCGAAAUUAGACCCAAAUAAAAAUAUAAACGGUAUAUAAGUAGAAACAGCAUAUUAUGACCCACAACGGGGCAUUACCAGCGUGGUGAAGUGUGCUCCAUUGAAUGAUGGAGGUGUUAUUGGAGCUAGUACCCAAUCUAUAGACUGGUUGUUUUGAUUUCAUAAAUCAUUGAGUUCGCCAUUGUUCUUUGCUGACUGUAAAGGCUUCGGCACACCGAAUGCAGUAGCAGCGCAGAUACAGCGCGGCAUAUAUUGUAAUAUUAGUAAUAUAACAUUGAAAAUAAGAGACUAUAACUAAAGUAAAUGACAUAAAAAUCAGUAGAAAUGCAGGUG